UGGCACUUUAAAUAUGGGAAAGAGACACGCUGCGCUCAGACGCUCUCCCCACACGCUUCCAGCGACACACAAAGCGGAGGCCUUUUUCUCCAAGAUGUUCCCGACGCACGAGCAGCUGAAGGAGUCCAGCCAGAUAUGAGGAUUGUCCGCUUCGCGUUGAGUUUGAUCAGUAGAGUCGAAGAGAUCGUCCCGGCCAGAUAACCCGAGGCUCUGAGGCUUCUUUAGGGCUUCUUUAGUAUUUUUGUUUUGUUUUGGCUUACCUGGGAAGCGUGUCGUCUAGAGUAGCCUAGGUGAACACUUUCAGACACUUUCCGCCGCUUGGAAGCGACGGGGACGGCUGCAGCACACCUGACUGACGGCGGUUUGUCACCAUGAGCUCCGACAAGACCAAAGUGGAGGAUGAAGCAGUCCUGGACAGAGGUGCGUCCUUUGUCAAACACGUCUGCGAUGAAGAGGAGGUGGAAGGUCACCACACUGUGUACAUUGGCGUGCACGUUCCCAAGAGCUACCACCGGAGGAGACGCCACAGACGCAAGUCCGGCCACAAGGAGAAGCGGGAGCGAACCGAGCACAGCACAGAAGGGUACAAGUCCGACGGGGACUGCGUAGAUGACCCCGCUGCCAACAUCCUCAAACCUCUCAUUUCUCCAGCCGAGAGGAUCCGGUUUAUGCUGGGAGAGGAGGACGAUGGCCCCCCGCCUCCUCAGCUCUUCACCGAGCUGGAUGAGCUGCUGUCUGUGGACGGCCAGGAGAUGGAGUGGAAGGAGACUGCCAGGUGGAUCAAGUUCGAGGAGAAGGUGGAGAAGGGAGGCGAGCGCUGGAGUAAGCCUCACGUGGCCACGCUGUCCUUGCACAGCUUGAUGGAGCUGAAGACGUGCAUCGAAAAGGGCACCAUCAUGCUGGACCUGGAGGCCGCCACGCUGCCGCAGGUUGUCGAGAUGAUCACUGACAGCCAGAUUGAGAACGGUCAGCUGAAGGCGGACCUGAAGGAGAAGGUCAUGUACACGCUGCUGCGGAAGCAUCGCCACCAGACCAAGAAGUCCAACUUGCGCUCUCUUGCAGACAUUGGCAAGAGCGUUUCUAGUGCGAGUCGGCUCUUCACCAGCCAGGAGAAUGCACGCAACCCCCCUGAGCAACCCGUGCCUUUUGUAAUUCCGCAAGACUCGGAGGAACCAUGUGAGGUCAUGAGGAGCUCCAGCAUGGGAUACCUCUGUAGUCCGACCACAUCCCACAGAAACCUCACCUCCAACAGCCUGAGCGACUUCUCCGACAAACCCGAGAAGGAUCAGCUGAAGAAUAAGUUCAUGAAGAAACUGCCCCGCGACGCCGAGGCGUCCAACGUGCUGGUGGGCGAGGUGGACUUCCUGGAGACUCCCUUCGUGGCGUUUGUGCGUCUGCAGCAGGCCGUCAUGCUGGGGGCGCUCACCGAGGUCCCCGUGCCCACGAGAUUUCUCUUCGUCCUGUUGGGCCCCAAAGGCAAAGCGAAGUCCUAUCACGAGAUUGGAAGAGCCAUCGCCACCUUGAUGUCCGAUGAGGUUUUCCACGAUAUCGCCUACAAAGCGAAGAGCAGGCAGGACCUGCUGGCCGGUAUCGAGGAGUUCCUGGAUGAGGUCAUCGUCCUGCCGCCCGGCGAGUGGGACCCUGACAUCAGGAUAGAGCCGCCCAAGUCCCUGCCCUCCUCGGACAAGAGGAAGAACAUGUACGCUGGGUUAGAGCCGCCUCAGAUGAACGGCGACACUCCCCACGACACGGGGCACGGGGGCGGUGGAGGACACCAAGUCGGAGAGGAGCUCCAACGCACAAGAAAGUUUUGCGGAGGUCUUAUCCUGGACAUCAAGAGGAAGCUGCCAUUUUUCGCCAGUGACUUCUACGACGCGCUGCACAUCCAGUCUCUGUCCGCCAUCAUGUUCAUCUACCUGGGUACGGUCACUAAUGCCAUCACGUUCGGAGGUCUGCUCGGAGACGCUACAGAAAACAUGCAGGGAGUGCUGGAAAGUUUCCUCGGUACGGCUCUGACGGGGAUGGUGUUCUGUCUGCUGGCCGGUCAGCCGCUGACCAUCCUCAGCAGCACGGGCCCGGUGCUGGUCUUCGAAAGGCUCCUCUUCACAUUCAGCAGAGACAAUGGCUUCGACUACCUCGAGUUCCGGCUGUGGAUCGGCCUGUGGUCGGGCCUGUUCUGUCUGUUGCUGGUCGCCACCGACGCCAGCUUCCUGGUGCAGUACUUCACGCGUUUCACCGAGGAGGGCUUCUCGGCGCUCAUCAGCUUCAUCUUCAUCUACGACGCGUUCAAGAAGAUGAUCAAGCUGGCCCACUACAACCCCAUCAACUCCGACUACAACCCCGACCUCGUCACCCACUACGACUGCCGCUGCGUGCCCGGCAACACGUCAGAGUUCCUUAAUAUCUCUGCCUGGACAAACAGUACUGACCUGCCGGUGAACGCUACAUGGGCGUCCCUGACCAAGAAGCAGUGCGUGAAGUUCGGGGGCGAUCUCGUCGGAGAGAACUGCGGCUACGUGCCUGACAUCACCCUGAUGUCCUUCAUCUUGUUCUUUGGCACCUACACCUGCUCCAUGGGGCUGAAGAAGUUCAAGACGAGUCGCUUCUUUCCCACCACGGUGAGGAAGCUCAUCAGCGACUUCGCCAUCAUCUUGACCAUCUUUUUGUUCUGCGGCGUGGACGCCUUUGUCGGUGUGGACACUCCAAAGCUCAUAGUGCCAAGUGAAUUCAAGCCCACAAGUCCACUGAGGGGCUGGUUUAUUGCUCCUUUUGGAGGAAACCCUUGGUGGGUGUACCUGGCGGCUGCACUUCCUGCUCUGCUGGUCACCAUUCUGAUAUUUAUGGACCAACAGAUCACUGCGGUGAUCGUCAACAGGAAAGAACACAAACUCAAGAAAGGGGCAGGCUACCACUUGGACCUGUUCUGGGUGGCCGUCCUGAUGAUAAUCUGCUCUUUCAUGGGGCUGCCGUGGUACGUGGCGGCCACCGUCAUCUCCAUCGCCCACAUUGACUCUCUGAAAAUGGAGACCAAGACGUCGGCCCCCGGGGAGCAGCCCAAAUUCCUGGGUGUCCGGGAACAAAGGGUCACUGGUAUCUUUGUGUUCCUCCUCACGGGACUCUCCGUCUUCAUGGCCCCUAUCCUCAAGUUCAUUCCCAUGCCAGUGCUCUAUGGUGUAUUCCUCUACAUGGGUGUAGCAUCACUGAAUGGUGUCCAGUUCAUGGACCGCCUACAGCUGCUCCUGAUGCCCGCCAAGCACCAGCCCGACCUGAUCUACCUGCGACACGUCCCCCAGAGACGCAUCCACCUCUUCACCUUCAUCCAGGUCCUGUGCUUGGCUCUGCUCUGGAUCCUCAAGUCCACCGUGGCUGCCAUCAUCUUCCCCGUCAUGAUUUUGGCUUUGGUCGCCGUCCGUAAGGCCAUGGACUACGUGUUCUCCCAGCACGACCUCGGCUACCUGGACGACGUCAUCCCAGAGAAGGACAAGAAGAAGAAAGAGGACGAGAAGAAGAAGAAGAACAAGAAGAAGGGAAGCAUCGACAGUGAAAUCGACUUUGACAUCAGUCGCAAACUUUCCUUGACCCGCAUUCACCGUGCUGAGCACUACUUUGAGCCGCCCACUGUGGCCGAUCUUGACAAAGGCUCCUACUUUAAAGGGUUGCCUCAGAUUCGAAUAGGCCUGGGCUCUGAGGAUAACGGUUUCUUCUGGAAGAAGGGCUCUGAAACUGAUCUGUGAGAGACUUGUCCAAAGAUGCAGCACGACACAUGCAAACAUAGCCAUCCUCUUUUGUGCUAUAGCGCCACUUCACAACAAUGGUAUUUUUUUUUUAUAUAUAUAUAUAUAUAUUAUAUAUAAAUGCUCCUCAUGUGAGGAUUUAAAUCCCAAUUGCUGGAAGUACUUAACAGUGAAACCUUUUGGAUGGUACUGACUUUUAACAACAGAGUGAAUGUUCACCUGCAGGAUUUCCUAGCAGAAAACUACUCGAGCUCAUCAGAAUGCAGUUUUUAUGGGACGUCAACAUCCUGUUAAUGUGUGUACACCAAUAAUUUACAUACAGCUUUAUACUAAACACAUACUAGGAGGACUUCCCCACUGUUUUCAUAGAUUUCCUACAGUACAGUUUUUAUUUCUAAGGUUUAACUACUGCAAUCUUGACAUUCAGACGUAGUGGAGGUACUUGCAUUCGGAGGCGAACAGAGGGGCGUCCUCCUUUAACUUGUAGUGAAAAGAAAAUAAAGUGCUACACAAAAGGUCAUCUAUGCACACUCACAAGCGGACCUUAAUUUUGUAUUUAUGGGCAUAUUAGCUAUUUAUGACGCAUCCGUGUCUACAAACACAUCCAGAAGAUUAUGUUUGUUCUGGUAGAAGUAAAUGGUCUGGGUUUCUUCGUUCGCUCCCCCUCUUUUUUUUUUUUUUUUUUUUCCUAUAUUUAUUAUAUUUAAAUGCACAGCAAAAUAACAUGCUGGUUGAAUUUUAAGUCACCCCGUUUCUGUCUGUGGAAAUUCUGAGGUAUGCUUUCCGUGGUUCUGUUUCCACUCAGCUGUCUUUUCUCUGUUUUAAGGAGUUCUAGAUGUUUUAUACCUGUAUGUAGCUCUACCUCUUAUUUCCUGUAGGUGCCAGGCAUUAUAUACAUAUAUGAAUAACAUCUGUCAUGUGCAAUGAUUCGUGAUCAAACACUGAUUGUAUUUUUUAUUUUUUUUUCCAACUGGCACUGCAUGAGAUCUCUUGCUUUCUUUCCUUUUGUUUCGGUGACACUUUUAUCUCUGUUUGUUCGUCGCUACGAAAUCAUUUGCAAUGGUUUUUAAAGGGCAACUCUAUCCGAAAAGCUUUUUAUUUCAACAACCAUAAUUUUGGUAUUGGUUUUUAAGAGAUGAUGAAUUUUAUUUUUAAUUUUUUUUUUUUUUUAAAGAAAAACAUUUAGGCAUUUCAAAUGCUGACGUGUGAGAAGUAUUUUAACCUCACGAAUGCAGUUUGGUGUCGACCAUCGGCUCAGUCUUGAAAGACUGAUUUGUUAUUUUGUUUGAAAAUGUGAUCAUAUUCAAAAAGCUGUUAAAUGUGAUAAAUCAUCAAUCGUUGAAUUCAUUUUUUAUUUCUAAAUCGUGUAAUUUUUGUCGAUGCAAAUCAACGAUUUAUUCACUGUGAGAGAAACGAUAUCGUGACUUCCUGUCUGGGAAGAACUACUGCUUUUCACAAUAAAAUGACGCUUUUUGAGACACAAUGCAUUAUAGUCUAAACUGCAUUUAGAGACAGUUUGAGACAAGAAUCUGUAGUCGAAUGAUCUUGUUUUUUGGUGAUUGAAUUAUACACUGGUAACUGAAUCUAAUAUAUUAUGCAUAUCUGAGUGUAGUGAAUCUCGAUCAUUUGAAAUAUCUAUGUAUUCCUUGAGAAAAGGGCCGUCUUGUAGAGCAAAUAUGGGCUUUAAUUCACGCUUUCUUAAUCGAGCCGAUAACGCCAUCGAAAUGUGAAGCACAAGACUGUUGAGGUCGACUCGGGAGCCUCGUCGUCUUCCACUCUCUUCUGUGACAUCUGUAUAUCUUGACUUUUUUUUUUGUUUUUUUUUUUUUUUUGGACUCUGGGGUUUCUGAUUCCGCAAUCACUGUAAUAUUUUUGAUGUACUAAACUCUGACACCAAUUUUAUACAAUCAUCCUGUGUGCUCAAAUACCCGUCGGUUACUCAGAAGGAAGAAAAUGUCAGUGUUUAUUUUUUAUGAAGUAGUGUUUCAAAUGAGAGCAAUAAAACCAAAAAUGAUUCUUUAAAUAUGA